UUUAAUAUGGAGGAACGUUACAAUCUGGCCUGGCCUAACCUGAUCUUAGCUGAUUUGAUGAAAACAAACCAAACUAGACUCGAUUCGACUGGAGUAGAUCGGAUUCGAUCGCAUCAUUAGGUUAGGGACGCGCGCUUUAGUUCUGUUUGCUACGCUCUGCGUCGGACUAUGAACUUUUCCGAGGUGCAAAUGGACGACAUAAUCACGUCGAGUAUUACGUCGCCGCAGUUCUUAGAAUUACCCUUCCGAGCGAAUUCGAACGUCACUACUUUCGCGGAGCAUAAUAGUGGCGGGAACAUGCAGUCUCAGGAAGCUCAAACUUCUAUUUCAGCGAUAGCUGAUUUGAAAACGGAAUCGUAUCCUCAACACCAGCAACAUUUGUCGUAUAAUAUGGCAAAUACUAUGAGUGAUUAUCUUCACAAGUGGCAUACUUCGACUUUACCUUUAAUAACACUGCAAUUCGUGAAACAACAAGUAGAGCAAUUGAAGAAAGAGAAAGUAGGAGAGGAGAAAGUGGAGCAUGUGCAGAAUAAUAUUCUGAAUAUACCCAGUGUGCCAGUAUUCCGAAGUUCUCAAGUGCAAAAUAGCAGCAAUUUUACAAACACAGAUCCAAUGUUAAUGUCUGUUAAUCCAUUUGAUCUGAAUGUACAUUUAGAGAGCGAACAAGAGAAUGAGAGCAACUCACAGCCAGUUGUGAAGGUGGAACAACAAGUGCAAACUGAUUCGCCGAAGAUCGAGAAGAAGCCGAGGUUUCGAGCAAAAAUUGGUGAAAUCAAGAUCAGUGUUGAUUCACGUGGAUCGACAUAUUACUGUUGUCCAGAAUGUAACAUAGGCUAUACAGACAAGGCAGAUAUUGAUAAACAUAUACAAGCACACAUACAGGAGCGAAAGUACGAGUGUAAAGAGUGUGGUGCUCUGUUAAAGAGAAAAGAGCAUCUGGAUCAACAUAUGCGCGGUCAUUCAGAUGAGCGGCCUUUCAAGUGCAAAGUGUGUGAAAAGGCCUUUAAAAGAAACGAACACCUAACGAGGCACUUCGUCAUCCAUUCCGGAGAUAAGAACUUCUUAUGCACGGUGUGUAAUAAAGCAUUCUCACGCAAGGAUCAUUUGAACAAGCACACGCAAACGCAUUCGGGCAUGCGAAAAAACAAGAUGAAGAACAAUACCUUUUACAUCGAUCAGAAGGAUCCGUUUGAUAAGAGUACUGAUGUUUCGACAACGGUGCCCAGACAAGAGGCCAAGUAUGUCUUAAAGGAUAGCAUGCCGAAGGAAAGCAUUCUUUCUCAGAUACCGGAGAGCGUUCUUCUUCAAAAUAUUCAAAAUCUCGCGAGGGAUCCGAACUUAUUGCACACAUUGUCUUCGCUCAAAGAACAGAUGAUGAGGGAGAGCAGUGUGAUGCAGCAAGAUGACAUUAAUACAGACGAGAUCUUGCCCGAUAACGUAAGAUACAUAAUGCAGUCUUAGCCGUAAGCGAAGUCUAAAGCAAUAGAAGCAAAUUAGUUAUUGCACGGGUAGAGGAAGCCGUAAGUAAGCCGAUUGUAAUUUUGUAAUACUUCUUUAGCUGCUACGACCGCGUUGUGAGUUGUAACUUACAACAUGUGGGCGAUAUGAAUUAAUGCUUGCGACUUCUCCAUCAUUUCUGGUUCCAACAAAGGCGCGAAAUCUUGCCGUAAAAUUCAUUUUCAGUGACAAAACAUGAAAACGUGGUAGAUACUUUAAUCAAAUUCAAGUACACAUUGCACAUAUAUAUUAAGGCUUAUGGUGGCUAUUCACCGCGAUCAUCUUGAUUUAUCAGAUCCCAAAAGCGAGAAAAUAAAUGUUCAAAAUUCUUGUAAAAUAUGUCGAAGUAAAAAGUUAUCUUCACAAAAUAACAUUUGUAAUCGGCCGAGCAUAUCUAUAUAAAAUAGCUAAUUCACUUUUCUUUCACUAUAAUGAUCAAUAAAUUAUCGUAAAAGUAAUACAGCAGAAAAGUUAUAUCAAUGUAAAAAGAUAGAUUACAAAACAACAGUUGCAUGUCGCCGCGGCGAGUAGCCAGAGGCCUUAAACAUUAUAUAUUUUUUACAUUUUCAGUAAACUCUCAAAUAUGCAUCUUCCGUAACAUCGUGGAAAUUUGAAUUUUCAUCCUACUUUUAUCGAGCUUUAAUUCAUUCUAUUUCUUAGUGUGAAAAUGUUGAUGUCAACGCCAAGUCAAAUGCUAUACUGAAUAAUGCCCAUCCAUCAUUAUUGAUUAUUAUAGCGACUGACUUCGUGUCAAUUGAUUUUUUCUUGUGUGUUUCUAAGAUAUUAGAUACACCAAUUACGGUAUCUAAUUCUUCGGGUAUCUUAAGAAAUCGAGCAUUCAGGCAUCUGAGCAAUACAGGACAAAUCUGGAUAUUCAGGUAGAAGGGUUAACUGGCUAACAGAGCUUGCAAAACACAAACAAAGAAGUUUUAAUAAACACAGGUCUGUAAAUUGAUCGUUUCAAAGAUAUUCAGUUUUCUUUUUUAUUUUAUACAU